GCUAGAUGUUCGCUAGUAGGUGUGGGUCCAUCCAUCCAUCCAUCCAUCAUGCAGAGCCAAAAAACACUCACGCGAAUGGGAUGGGUUGCAAAAAGAGUCGGUCGCGCGUAUGUACAACACACACACACACACACACACGUACAGACAUGAACACACGUAAUAUAUAGAUGGGACAUCCAUACCUUCACACACACAUUAUUAUGCACAGAAAAAUGGUGUCCAUGGCCGACUAACACGGGGAGCGGGACACACAGGCAGGCAGGCGCACGGCUAUCGCCCAGCAGAUUUCUGCUGGCUGUCGCCGCGGUGGCUGCCCAUUAUCAGAGGGAGAGAGAGACAGAUGAUUGACACACACAAGAUAGUCAGAUAGUUAGAUGUGCAUUCAUAUCAGCAACCAAGCAGUGAGUGAAUGACAUACAUAGAUGGGCCGGCAAAAUCACCUCACAUCAUCCUUCAUCAAUUGAGAAAGAGGGAGAACCCAAGACGUGCAAAGACAAACACGCACCACACACCGGUAAGCAAACUUUCUAGAAGAUAAAAAACAGAACAUGGUGGGUGUGAGCGCGCAAGCACGGCACUGAUCUGCUCUGCUCUGCUCUGCAGACAGACCCGUCUUUCUUUGCAACGAUGACGAAUUAGGAGGCGCACAUAAGUGAGAGAGAGCGAGAGGGGCGGGUGCAUCGUCAGUCCGGCUCCUCUACUGACCACGCCAUACCAACAGAAAUGAAAACAGAUUGGUGGGUAGAUAGAUGCCCUCCGCGCCGAGCAGAGGUCGUGGAGCGCAUGUACACCGUCAGACAGUCAGACAGACAGACACACCGACAGAGGCGAGCAAGGGACGAUCGAUCGCAGCAACGACACCAGGCAGCAGCACCUAUGCACGGCAAUCCAUCCAUCCAUCCACUGGCAAUGAGAUGAACUCAUCCAUGGGUGCCUCUUGGCAUGCCACGCCACACAAGUCCAUCCAUCGCAACUAUCACAACAACGCUGUCCCUUCCCCCUCCGCCCGUCCCUCACUCGGACCCAACUGACGCCUCGCGCACAUUCCUACACUCAGACCCAUAGUAAGCUGCCAAAAAAUUCCUCCACGGCAGGCAGGCAAUGAGCCGACCAAAACGAUCGUCAGGUCAAAACCAACGAAUUCCACCCACCCAAGACCCUCCAUCCCCUCCCCUCCCACCGCAACCCCCCCCAUCCCAUCUAGCCCUUUUUCUUCCUCACUGGACGGCCGUCACAUGAUGCGUGUUAUCCACAGCUGGGAGCGGCUGCUGUGCCAGUGUGUCGGGCGUGGGGCAGGUCGUGUCGCCCACAUGGACGAGCGCCAUGAUUGUCGCGAGCACCAUGAGGGUGGAGGAGCCCACGAGGCACGCCCAGGCGAGCCCGUGUCGCCACGAGAAGGGCCGGUGCUUGCGGAUGCGCAAGAAGAAUAGCGAUGGCAGGAAGAAGGCGAUGAUCAGCGAGCAUGAAGCACCUGCAUCACAUCACAAAACAAAGAGGGAGGGACAUAUCAGAUAUAUGCGCAUUGGCGGCUGCCCUCUGUGUGCUGUAUGCUGCCCACCAGCGAUGCUCCAUACGACCAUUAUGUUGUCCAGGAAAGUUGCAGUCACGAGCGCGCUCCCCAGCUGCAGCGUCGUCAGCAGAAUGAGCCGCCCCUCGCCCUCCACAACCUCAUCAGCCGAGAGCACCGUGUCGCGCCGGCCCACAGACUCAUUCUCGCUGUCAGAGGGGAUCUCGCCCGGCGGUGGGGCGUUGUAGAGCGACCCCACCACCACAUGAGUCUGGCCCGGGUUGCUCGCAUCUCCCCCCGUCCCACCAUUGGUGCUGAUGACACGGGAGAGGUCGGGGCCCUUGCCGUUUGACACUGCAACUGGUCCUCCUGCUGUUGGAUGUGUCUGCGAGCCCCCCUCCUGGAUGGUCGUGAGGGAGUUGUUGAUGCUGGCCAAGACGUUGCGCGACAUGUCGUCCAUGUCUGACGCCUCCGACGCCACAUCGGCCGACAGCAGAGAGGCGCGGCAGUCCCCCCUGUCCGUGGGCGAGCGGAUCAUGUCGAUGGACAUGUGUUCAGGGGAGGCAACGGCCGGGGGCUGGCCGCGCGCCUGUGGCCGUGGGGGGCCUGGAGGGGGAGGGGUGAGGGAGGACCUCUUGGCCGCUACGGGUGCUGAAGCGACUGGUGUGGUGCCGUUUGUGGUGUUGGUCGUGGUGGCUUGGGAGCCGCCGUUGACGCCAUUGUGCUGCUGGCGGUGCUGCUGCUGCUGGUGGUGGUGGUGGUGGUGCGCCUUGGUGGCGCCGUUGAGCGUCGCGUCUUCCUGCUCGUCCAGAUGGAGAUCCAGCACCUCCUCCCCAGGACUCUCCAGCUCACGCAAGUAGUAGUUGCGGUUCUUCUGGUGCUGCUGCUGCCUAGCUGGGUCGCUGCUGGUGGUGGGGGAGAGGUCGAUGGCCGCCGCGCCGCUGCACGAGGGAAACAUCAAGUCGAGGAGCCGGCUCAGCGCCUGCCGGCACGGCAGCACCACCAAGGGCACCGACCCCAGCACCGUCACAGCCAGGCAGAUGCGCCCCACCUGACACACGCCACGCCAGACACACCACCAACACAGAUAUCUAGAUGGCUGGGCGCGUCGCUCGCUCACUCACUGCUUACCGUGAUGAGUGGGUCACCAGGUCUGAAAUUAAGCAGGAUGUUGGCGCACACGUGUUCCCUCGUGUACAGGUAUCCGAACACACCCACCACCAGGUAGAGGAACGUGCACGUGGCGAUCGUCAGGUGCGUCACGCCCCUAAUUCUCUGCCGCGUGGGGAACGCCAGCUCGCUGUGGGUGGGCAGGAUGUUGUACUGGCACAUCAGCGCCAUGAUGAACGUCGGGAAGACGUACACGAAGUCUCCCGUCGAGUCAGGCCACAGCUUGAGCCCAGCACGGCCAGGGUGCACCAGCACGGUCUCUGUGCUGCCCGCAGCCGUCCAUACGACCACCGUGUGGAUGUGCCCCAGCACCGGAAUGGACUUCAUGAGGAUAGCAAAUGUGAGGAACACGACGGAGAUCACCGACACAAUCGACAUGAACCGAAGGGCGUUCAUGGUCCGCGAGUAGCAGAGUGGCGCGAUGGCGCAGCACGCCGCUAUCUUGACGGCCAGACGGAUAAGGUUGCCGGCCAUCUGCGCCCCAGGCGGCAUGAGAAUGGUCACCACGGGCGAGAUGAGGUCGGCCACAAUGAUGAUAUAGGCCACAUUGACGAGCCACAGCAUGCACACCAGCACCAGGAUGGUGAACAGCCGCGCACCCAGGCCAUAGCUUUUCUGCGCCACCUCCUCGUACGAGCUCGUCCCGGUACGCCGAGCACAUGCCACGAGUAUGUCGAGAGUGAAAUCGUUGAGGAAGGCCGCAAGGAUCAUCGUGGUGGCGCCAACCACAAGACCGCACUUCUGCAUCGACAGAGGAAGCGCCAGCACACCGCCACCGACUGCAGGGUAGCCAACCACACACAAACGAACGGGCAAUGAUCCAAUCGUAUGGCAUUCGAUGCUUCAGCCAUGUGCUCGGGAGCUCACUGAUGGUUGCGAUGAGGCUCCAUAGGGCCGUAGAGGCGGUCGUCUGUCUGGUCGGCGAGUCCUGGUGAGGCGAGAGCACUUCUCCAUCCAGAAGUGGCGUCGGAAUCGAGCCGAUGGAGGUCCUUGACACCAUCCCCUUCUCCCCUCCACCUCGGUCCUCUCUCUUUC